UUGGAAGCUGAAACAGAUGUCAAAUGGUGAUGCGCAGGGCCAUGGUUUAAUAUAGACUCGAAUAUUACACCCCUUGUGAAGUGGCUUUCAAAAUACGCUUUUUCGCAUCUUCUACUGAAAAUCUUUUUCGAGUAUACGACAUCAAUAUCUAACUGUUCUGUGUUAACAUCAAAAAGAGAUAUUCUGGUCCUUCUUCUACUACCUACAGGGUGUAACUUACUUCAACUCCUGAGAACAACAAUUCAUCGUCACCGUAAUUGUUUAGAAGUUGUACGACUUUGUUUACCAAACAACUGGAAGGAUUAAUAAUGAGCGACUAACGAAAUGCCGAAACCGGGGAAGAAGGAGGCGGCGAAGCCGACUGGCAAGAAGUCCGAAGUUCGGACCGCCAGGGCCGCGUCGUCCUCCGCCAGUUCGACGAAGCCGGUGAUCAAGUCGGCUGCGAGUAACAAUGCGAAAGGACAAAAAGGACCGAGUAAAGAGGUGAAGAAAAAAAAUGAGAAAGUCAAGACUAAUGCUAAGACUGCCCUGGCCAAAAAGACGACGAAGGCUACCCACAAGAAAGAAGAAAAGCAAAACGCGGUAGCAAUCAGUGCAAUGAGCAGUAAGUCCUCGCGUAGCUCCGCUGCGAGAUUGGGAAAUAUAAUUUCCAAGUCCUCCAACAAAGAGUCAGUUUUCAGUGGCUUCGAGAAAGCGUCGGCGGUCAGUAAGGGAGACAGUAAGAAAAGAGUGGCUGAGGCGAGCCACAAGAAACCGACCGAACAAAAGAUGCCUGCGAUGAAGAAAGCAGACAAAUCCACUUCUAUGAAAGCUUCAACGGCGUCUUCACCAGCUAGUAAGAAGGAGAACAAGAACAGCUCUUCAUCAGAUGAGAAAGAGAAGAAAACAAGUACUGCUAGUGGUGUCGCCGCUGCGAAGAAGAAGGAAGAAAAGUCAGACUCCUUUGAGCCCGCAGCAUCCUCUUCUGCGCCGUCUAAGAUGAAAGUAAAGUCUUCUGCUAGCACUGCGUCUGUCCCUGUUGCCACAGAAAGCACAUCUUCUCGUUCUGUUCUCAUGAAAAAGGAUGCUAUCGCAGAGGAGAAGCUGGUAUCGAAGGUGAUGAAGGUUGAUGUAGCAGAAAAGGACAACAGCGCCGCAGGAAGUGCAGCCUCAAAGUCCACGAAAAUGGCAAAAAUGAAAUCGAGUGUAGAGGAAACCACAGCUGCGAAGGAAGCAACACCAGCGAAGCCUAUAAAGACGAAGUCAGCCUCCACAGAACAAGAUGAAAGCGCCAAGGCAGGCACAUCUUCCAAAGCUACUAAGAAGAUGAAGUCAGCCGCCGACAAGGCCGACAAUACUAAUGACAAGGCGAGCGCGGCUACGAAGGAGAAUAUGAAGAUGAAGGUGGCGCCAGCUCUGAAGAGUGAAACAACGGCUGCGAAGGAGUCGACCACGGCCGCAAGCAAGAAGCAACCAGCGGCGAAGGCAGUGCCCUUGAAGCAGAAGUGGACGCCAGCAGCGCAGCGAGCGAAGAGCCGUGCGAGCAAGAACGACGAUGAUGAGGAUGAUGAUGAAGAGGACGAUGACGACGAUGAGGACGACGAGGAGGAAUCCGAUGACGAUGAAGACCCGGAGGAACUUUUUGAGAAAGUUCAACGAGCAGCAAGCCGUAGCUAUCGAAAAGAGCAGGGUACAACGACGCAAGAGGACUCAGAGGAGGACUCUCCAGUGCCUGCGAGGAAAAAUUCACGACAAAGCACUUCCACCGCGAUGAAAAAAGCAACAGCACAAUCUAGUGUUUCUUCACCUGAAAAGAAAAAGAAGAAAGACAAGGAGUCACAAAAAGCGUCCUCUACUGCUCAAGGUCAGGAAGAGAUGUCCCCAACCACUUCUAAGAAUGUCGCACAAAAAUCUAUGAAGGCGAGUGCAUUGCUUUUGGCGGCUUCGGCGGACACUAAGAAAGGGAUGAAGAGGUAUUUAGGUUCUUCGAGUUUGGCGUCGCCGGCGGCGACAACUCGGAAGUCCACUGCUGCGACACCUGGGGCGAAGCAUAUCACGGAGGCUAUGGUGGAGCCUCUGCGAAAGUGGUGGCUUGAGGACGGCUCGCUCACGGCAGGUCUCGAGAAGAAGUGGCGCACACUAGAGCUUGCCGGCUUUGCGUUCACGGCAGAGUACGUGCCUCACAACGUUCCGAUUUUCUACGAAAAACAGCCUGUGUACUUGCCGCCGCAAGCGGAGGAAGUGGCGACUUUUUGGGUGGCGAUCAUAGGCUCGGCGUACGAGAAGAAUAGCACGUUUCGCGAAAAUUUCAUCACAGAUUUCCGAAACGUGCUUGCGGAUGAAGCUGCUCUGAUCGAGGGAAAUUCGGACGCCUGGGCUCCGAUAGUGAACCACAACGCGCCAACCGUGUGCGGGCGCAGUCGCUCGCCGUCUGGGGAGCGAGGUUCGAACGCGGGACAAGCCAAAAUGAAGAAGAAGAGUAAAGAUGGUCGCACUUCAAGGGAGGUGCGUCUUCCGGCUGCAGACAACAGUACUAAAGCUGCGGGCGUAAUACUCAACGUUAACGGAGCAGCAGGGGAGACAGGAGUUGCGCAGCCGUUGGCAGGGAGCAGCAAGCGGGAUUACCACUUUCCGCUUCCCAAAGACGUAGCUGCGGAGGUUGCUACAUUCGAGGGGAGGCAGAAGUACUGCGCACAGCUACGCAAGAUUGAGUCGCUUGCGAAGUGCGAUUUUCGGUAUGUGAAGGAGUACUUGGAAAUCCAGAGAGCAGCAGCGAAGCGAAAAUCUGCGAAGGACACACCGGCGAAGGACAAGAAGGGCGAGAAAGGCUCGUCCGGAAAGAGGCAGAGCAGAAGCAACAGUCCAUCUCCAGCCUCCUCGCCGCGGCCGUCAUCACCGCAGGGGAUGUCGAUGACGCUAAUCGAGCACCUGGUCGAUAUGCUAAAAGUGGAGCAGAAGCGCAAAGCCGAAAAUCCAGAGGCCUAUCGAUACUGCCUGCUCAACGGCUCCCGCGAGCAGGUAGGCAACUUUCAGUGCGAACCGCCAGCACUGUUCCGAGGUCGUGGGGAUCACCCGAAACAGGGCAUUGUAAAGGCGCGCUGCAUGCCUCUUGACGUGAAUCUGAACAUGGACAUCCACGCGCAGCCUCCGGUCGUGACGCUUCCAGGCCAUUGCUGGGGCGAUGUCUACCACGACAACACUGUGACGAACCUCGGGAGUUUUUUGAACAACGCGAAAUACAUUCAAGUGGCCUCAGGAUCCACUCUGAAAAUGCAACCGGACGUCCUCAAGUACGAGAAGGCGCGGAAACUCGGAGAAGUCAUCGCUCGGAUUCGUCGGGACUACACGUACAAGAUUCGUAUGGGGGAUUUGAAGGCAAGGCCGUCGACUACACCCUCAAUCGCGGUUGGAGGAAACUCAGCCGGAACCGGAACAGCAGCAUCCUCGUCAGGGACCGUUGCGCCGAGUAUUUCCAUCAAUGGUGUUCCAGCCAACAAAGCGAUUGCAGCUAGUGCCUCGUCAACAAGUGCCACUAGCAAUAAAAAUGGCGCAAAAAAACCAGAUGCCGCGAAAACUAGAGGCGACAACUCUCCUAUUCGAACCAGUCGCGACUUCUACAAUGAACUAGAGAAGGUUCGAAAAGCGUAUGGCUACGCGGGCAAGAAUUUUUCGAUGGAAGAAGCGAAGUUUGGUUCCAAUCCAGAUGCGCGAGUGUUUGUGGGUGGUAAAGGGGUGACAGAUUUCUACUCUUAUCAGACGGCAUGGCAGCGGGCGCGGCAGCUUGGUUGUGCUGCGUACUUGAUUGACCGCUUAGCGCUUCGUGUUGGCAACUCGAAAGACGAAGACGAAGAAGCGGACACGGUCGGUUGCACGACCCUGCGUGUUGAGCAUGUGAAAUGCCAGGGUAAGGCGGUGCAAAUCGAAGAUCCAGCAGACGACGUCGACAUGAUUGGUGGUUUUGGAAACGAUAGUGCGCACAUGAACAAAGUACUUGUGAACAAUGCCGCAACAACGGCGGAGCAUGGUCAUGGAACUGGGUUAGUCACUGGCGAGGAGCCGCCCAGUAAGCGGCAGAAGGUAGGCAACGGACAUCUAGGGCCUAGUGUUCUUGAGAAACUGGCGUCGUCGCAUUUAGUGCCUCCCGGUAAAGCGAAGGGUCCACCUUCAGUCAUUUCCGAUGUCUCCUCGUCGUUUCCGGAUAUGACCUCGUCAGGCGAUGAAGCAGGCAGUAGCAAAAAGCGUCUGUCUGUUCCGUCAAGCGGCAAGAAAAUGAAGGCGCGGCCAUCGUCGAAAGGCAGUGGAAAUGGCCACGUCAAACUUGAUGACGGUGCAGUCGCGCAGGGUGCAGCCCCGGUUUCAGUAGAGCAGGUGGAGGUCGGGCUGGUGGAGCCUGCAGGAGGAGCUCCUGCGUCCGCGUCAGGGAACAACAAGAACAAGAAAAAGAACAGGACAACAAGCACAAGAGAAGGUAAAAGCGUUGCUGCUGUUCCACGAUACAACCCGGCGCCAGACAUGCGGCAGAUAUCCGGGAAAGCCGGAGAAGGAGAUAAGAAACUCGGCAACUGCACAAGUUUGGAGCUGGAUCCGGUACCGCCACUUCGCGGUGCUGACAAGUUGCUGAGCGAAAACGCUUCGCGACGUUCUUUUGACGAGUACUUGUUGCGCGAGCGUCUCGAAUACCGGCUUCUGUUCAACUUUCUCGGAAAAGAUUCCGUUCCCUACGUGAAUGAGGUCCUAGUACCGAAGGAUGUCUACGAUUGCAUCACCAGUCUGCAGCGCGGGAAACGAAAGAGCGACCUGCUGUUCGAUUUGAUCGACAGUGCGGAUUUGAAUACCUACUUCAAGGAGUUCUUGCCUGGCUUGUCCGCCAAAGUGUUCCGCACGUACAACGCGAGCGUCACCCUAGAAGACGAACUAGCAAAAUUCUCGUGGGACACACUGCGCGAAGAAUUCGAUCGCAAGCAAAUGCAGCUGCACGGCGCCGAAGACGCGAAAGCCAAAGAUGCAAUCCUGAUGUCGCCAGAAAAGCGGGACCUUGACAAGUACAAUCUAGGCUUUCACAAUUUCUGGUCGAUUUCUUCGCACUUGCUAAGUAGAAGGUAGUCGUACGACGGGCUUUCUAAAGCUAUAAUGAAUAGAAAUGCGACCACUGCAGGUUAUGCUCAUGACAUUUUGGAAACCUAAUGUAUCCUUGCGUCCGUCUCAUCUCUUGCCAGGCUGUUCGAGAAGCAGAAGCCACAGUUGUUGUUGCACUUCUAUAACCAAGCCAACAGGGCUGUGGCGGUUUUGUGCAACCAUCAGCGGAAUAUUGCAGCGACGCAUGAGGGCCAAAUGGAUAUGCUUCAACAGAAACGGGACAUUUUGAAACGGGAAAUCGAUUUCAUGAAGGAGCACAUGCGUGCCUGGAAAAAAUGCCGGAGUGAUAAAGCAAAGAAAAAACUCCUGCAGAAUUCAGGAGAAGGACUAGAGUCUCUCCAUGCGGAAAUGGAGACAAAAUGGAAUGGCAGCGGAUCUAGUGCGGGCUCGUCUGGCACAACUGGAGCUGGGAAUGGAGGCGCUGCUCCCUCGGAACAACCUAACGGAGGUGCUACGACCUCUUCAACUACUGCAGCAGCAGCAGCCGCUUCUUCUUCCUCGACCACUGCAACUGCAGUUGCUGCUGUUACAGGUAGUACUGCAAAUGCAGCACCGACAUGGAAUUUGAAGAAGAUUCCCGCUAAAUCUGAGGGCUGUAAAGACAAAUUACUACAGUUGUGUCAGACGUUGGUCCGAAUGGAAGACUUGAUGAAGCGUCGGGAAGAUAAUAAGAACAUCGCGUUGGGUACUUCUAAGACGAAUUAUAUGGAUCCGCGUGUUUCUGUUGCUUUUUGCAAGCGCACUGGUCUAGCUGUAGAGAAAGUCUUCAACAAGGCAAACCUAACCAAGUUUCCGUGGGCCUUGGACUGUAGUAACGACUUUCAGUUCCUGGAAUAGAAUGUUGAAAAUGCAGAUCUUGAUCUGCGCUCGCUCUUUGUUUGGGUACCAUCUUCUAUGUAUGUAUUAUGAACAUGAUUCGCACGGCUUUUCGCGAGAUUUACUGAUCUUCAUGGAUUUCCGUACCUGAAAUCGAACGAUUCUUCCAACAUCGAUCCUCGUAUGUGACUAGUCAUCGGAUUCCAUUGCAUUUUCAGUGUACAAAAAUGGUAAAAAUAUGGCAACGAUUGAACAACGAUUUCUCACUACGUUUUCAAGUUUCUUUCUCUUUGUCGAACUCGAUGUUUAUGAUGGUAAGCUUUUUCGCGACUCUUGCCUUUGCGCUCGUAUGAAACUACAGUAUUGCAGUUGCAGCAAGCCUGCUCUCACUGUGAUAUCGAUGCAGG